GCCACUGACGUUACACUUCCGGUUCCACCUCGCAACAGCACUUUAGCUACAACGACGGCGGGAAGUUGUUAUCAUCAAUUUAACCACAAAUCAGCAACAACUUAACGGACGAAAUUGUUAACGAUCGACAGCUGACUAUCUAAGACUGAUGGACCUGUAAACGGAAACACGCUAACUGUUCACUGAGCUCAGCGACGUUGGAUCCAGCUAUCAUGGCUAACGUCGGGAACCAGCUACCAACACAGGCCGUUAGCAAGCCUGCAGCAGGGAAACAUGGAAAUGUACUGCCCCUGUGGGGCAACGAAAAGACUAUGAACCUCAACCCAAUGAUUCUCACCAAUGUGCUGUCCUCGCCGUAUUUCAAAGUUCAGCUUUAUGAACUAAAGACCUACCACGAAGUUGUGGACGAAAUCUAUUUCAAGGUGACUCAUGUUGAGCCUUGGGAAAAGGGAAGCAGAAAGACCGCAGGCCAGACUGGAAUGUGCGGAGGGGUACGUGGAGUUGGGACUGGUGGAAUCGUGUCAACGGCUUUCUGUCUUCUAUACAAACUGUUUACUCUCAAGCUGACUCGCAAACAGCUGAUGGGUCUGAUCACUCACACAGACUCUCCCUACAUCAGAGCACUUGGCUUCAUGUACAUACGAUACACUCAGCCUCCAGCAGAUUUAAUAGAAUGGUAUGACGGCUUCCUGGAUGAUGAGGAGAUGCCCAUUGUGCAGCAGGAGCUCGACGUGAAAGCUGGAGGUGGAUGUGUGAUGACCAUCGGAGAGAUGCUGCGCUCCUUCUUGACCAAACUGGAGUGGUUCUCCACAUUGUUCCCCCGUAUCCCAGUGCCUGUGCAGAAGAUUAUUGACCAGCAGAUGAAGGCUAGGCCUCGGAAGGUCGCUCAGAAGGAAACGCAGGAAGAAGAGGCUGAAUACACAGAGACUGCAAAGCAAGGGGAACGCCGCCGCUCCAGGACCCCCAGACGGACACCGAGCCCCAGACGGUCUCCUAAACGGUCAAGGAGCAGGAGCCACCAUCGUGAGCGAGAACGCCACGGCCCCAGCUUCGACCGUGAGCUGGAGAGGGAGCGCGACCGGCAGAGGAAGGAGAGGGAGGGCAGGGACCGAGAUAGGGACAGAGGGGACAGAGGAGACAGGGAGAGGCGACGAUCCCGAAGCACAGACAGAAACCAAGACAGACGAGAACGUAGAAGAAGUCGCAGCAGCAGCCGGGACCGAAGGAACGAACGUAGAGACAAGGAGAGGGACGGAGGGGAUGACAGGAGCAAGAGGAAGGACAGAGAUCACCACAAAGAUCGAGGGACUGAGAGGGAGCGGUCCAGGGAUAAAAAGAACAGGGGAGAGACUGACGACAGGAGGCAUAAAGACGACAGGGAGAGGCACAGAGAAGAGAGGAAGGCGAAAAGGUCGAGCCGGAGUCGAAGCAGGGAGAGGAGACACAAAAGCGGGGUAGAGGAGAAGAGCAGGAAACGAGAGCGCAGCCACAGCAGAGAGAGGGACAGGGAUAGAGACGGAGAGCAGCGUUCUCACAAACGUAGUCGUAGCAAAGACAGGAGCCAUCAUCAGCGAGAGUCCAGUAAUGACCAUAGUAAACAUAGUGAACGCAGAAGGAGUCAGAGCACUGAGUAAACGUCACCUUGGAGCAAUAUUACUUCUACUCCUGUGUUUUUUCUUCCUUUUUUUUUCUACCCAGUUGUCUAGUCUGUCGUUUGUGCUACAGAGAAGGAACGUUAGCACAUCGGACAUCUGGAAUUGUUGUCUUUGGCCGAUGUAAUGUUGCUUUACGUUUAUGUUUUCCUGCCUUUUUCACUCCCCAGUAAAUCAUUGUUAGUCUUCACUUGAAAUUCGAAAAGUGGAAAAAAAAUGGCAUUUUAAUUUUCUAUGGUUCAUUUCUUUUGCCCCCGAAAGAUGUGGGUUUGUAUAUAAUGUUUCGGAGGCUGUCUACACAUAAGUGGUCUGAGUUGCAUUCAUUGCUGGGUUGGGCGCAGUCAAGCGUAGCUCAACACUGAUUCGUUUUCAUAACAUUUUUGUAAUCUACAGAGAAGAACUGUUAUGUUCAGGCUGUUCAAAAGCCAAUACAAACCUUUUUUAAAAUUUGACUAAUCUUACAGUUUUACAUUUUUAAGCUAUAUUCUGAUUAGACACGCUCUAAGGGUCAGAAUUUAACGGUUGACGUUCAAAUUUGAGCACAGCUGCGAUUUAUGGCUCAAACCGGCACAAAGCAAUUCUGUCCACAACCGUGUGUAGACAGCCUGAGAAUGUUUUAAUCCCCUAAAGGGCAGUCUGCAAAGGGUAAUUUUUACUACACACACUGAGCCCUGCUUGUGCUGUGUUUGGGUUAUUGCUCUGUUGCAUUUUGUUUUCUAAUAAAAACACUUUUACGAACAA